AUGUUCCUGACCCGGCUGCCGGUGCCGCCUGGCACCGACCACCACCCGCGCUACCUGCUGCGCUCCACCGCGUACUUCCCGCUCAUUGGCGCAGCUGUGGGGCUGUGGGGUGCCGUCUUCUUCACUGCGGGCGCCGCCCUGUGGCCGCGGCCCAUCGCCGCAGGCGUGUCGACACUCGCCACAGUCUGGCUUACAGACGGCUUUGGCGGGGGCUGGGGCCGUGCCCAGAUCCUGCGCAUCAUGCGCGACAGCCGUGUAGGGACAUACGCGCUCGUGGGGGUGGCCAUCCUGCUGCACAUAAAGAUUACCGCCAUGCAGUCGCUGCCAGAUGCGGCCUCGGUCAUUGUUGUGGCACAUUGUGUCAGCCGCUGGCCCUCCCUGCCCCUCCUCACAUUCUGUGAAUACAUUGAGGACGAUGAGCACGCGAAAGCCGGGAUGUACAACGUUAUGGCGCGCUGCCAGCCACUCCUCACCUGGCCCCGCUUCCUGUUGGGCACACUCGUUUCGCUGGCCGUGCCGGCGCUGGUGCUGGGCGCUCACGGCACGCUGGUGGUGUGGGCCACGACGCUGGUCAUCACCACGUCGUCCAUCUACUACUGCCGCGCCAUCAUCCAGGGUGUCGUGGGGGACUACAUAGGUGCCACAAUUGUGAUAACUGAAAUUGCAGUUUAUCUGGCGCUGUCUGCUGACUGGGCGGCACUGGCGGCGGAGGACGGCUGGCGACCCAUCUUGGUGCUGCUAGCUGCGCUGGUGGUGCCUGUCGUGUGGGGCCGCCGCAUUGUCGACUUCAGCUGCUGA